ACAAAAAUGGCUGCGCCCUGUCGUCGUCUGCUGGGUUUCGUCUUAUUUUAUCUAUUUUUCACGUCGAUAUCUGCCUGGGACGAGGGAGAUUUUGAGGUUUUUGAUGCAGUGGAAGAAGUGAAUCAGAACUUUUAUGAAUUUCUGGGAAUUGGUCAGGAUGCCAAAAGUAGUGAAAUCAGGAAGGCAUAUCGUAAAUUAUCUCUACAGCUUCAUCCAGAUAAAAACAGUGCUGCUGAUGCUGAAUCUCAGUUUAGAAAUCUUGUAACAGUUUAUGAUAUACUUAGAAAUGAAGACAAAAGGCAAAGAUAUAAUAAAGUGUUGGAAGAUGGAUUACCUGAUUGGAGACAACCUGUAUUUUACUAUAGACGUGUUAGAAAGAUGGGAUUGGGAGAAUUAUUUCUAUUAUUGGCUGGUAUUUUCACACUUGGUCAGUAUUUGACAGCAUGGUCUGUUUAUCUUGAGAAAAAACUUGUUGUGCAAGAUGUUUUUGAAGGAAAGAGAAAACGAGAAUUAAAGAAAUUAAAAAAGAUGAAGGGUGAGGGUGAUGUGGAUGAUAUUUUACAAGAAGAAAUAUCUGCCAUUCCCAAACCUCAAUUGAUCAAUCUUUGGCCAGUACUUCUUGUUAAAUUUUUAUAUAAUUUUAUUUUAACGUCACCUCAACGAAUUGUUUCUAUUGGACGUUAUUUACGUGAGAAAUAUGAAGAACGUCAACAGGUGGUUGAAGAGGAAGAAGAUAGUGAAGAUGACAGCAAUGAAGGUUAUGAAAGAAGACCGCGUAAGAAACCUGAACUACCAGAAUAUAACCCUGAUCUUUAUUCUAACAGUCCAGCUGUAUCGUAUACACCGGUUGUUUCAUCACAAGAUACAGAUGAUACACAAACAAAACUAGUUAAAAAAAGUGGUUGGUGUGAGGAAGAUACAAUUUUAUUGGCCAAAUUAGUAAAUAAAUUUCCUGGUGGAACACCUCAACGAUGGGAGAAAAUAGCUGAUAUGAUGGGACGACCUGUUGAACAAGUCACAGCCCGAUCAAAGAAAGCUAAAGAAGUUUACGUCGCUAAUCUGACAUCUGUCAAUAAAGUGGAUAACGUGAAAUUAAAGGGGGGUAAUAUAAGCAAAAAGGGAGGUGGGAUAAGUGACAAUAUAAUUACUAAAGGGGAGAUAAUUCAGCCCCAGGAAACAAACACUACAACAAAUCAAGAAAAUAUUGAAUCUUUAGAAAUUAAUUCCAAAAAGGAUUUAGAGGAAAAGAAACGUCGGAAAAAUGUAAACGAAGAAAAAGUUGCCGAGAGGACUAAAAUUAUAACGGAAUAUAAAACAGCAAAUAAAUCUAAUGAAAGUGAAAGUAGCAAUAUUAACCAAUCAGACAAUAGUAAAAGUAGUAAAGUAACUAUUAGCGAAUCAGAUACAUGGACACAAAAUCAACAGAUGAUAUUAGAAUGGGCGUUAAGACAAUAUCCGAAAGGUACAGAUUUACGAUGGGAAAAAGUAGCAGAACAUAUUCCUGGUAAAAUGAAGGAUGAUUGUAUUUUAAGAUUUAAAUAUUUAGCUGACAUGGUGAAGAAACGCAAGGUGACCAGCUGAUCUAUCAAAACAACAUAUCUCACUUGAUAACAAUAUCAAAUUAAAACAACUAGGGUACAAUUUUAUUAUUUAUCUUCAAUUACAUACAUUUGAUGGGAAGCCCCAGUCAAUGUUUGAUUAAACAUACAUUAUGCCUAUUGCAGAUCUUUCUUUAUUGCAGGUGGUUCUAGUGGAUCAAUUUGACUGAAAUUUUCAGCAAAUUCCCUUUACAUUAUGUAGUUUUUAGCUAUUAUAGUGAGAACUGCCAGAUCUUUAUCUAAUCUCCCAUAAUGUAUCUUUAAAGUAUUAGAAUAUUGAAAGAUUACGAAAAUAGCAGCUAAGAUACAACUCAGUAUACCAUAUUACAAAAGUUGAAUUGAUGCAAGAUAUGAGUAAGAACUCAUAACAAACAAGGGGGGGUUGGAUGGCCGAAUGGUUAGCAUGUGCGCACUGUAUCAUACGGUCUGUCAUUGAGUCAACUGGCGGGGUUUCGAUUCCCCAUUUGUACGUGACAAAGGAGUAGGGUCACCUGUCCAACCUCGUGGGUUUUCUCUGGGUCCUCAGAUUUGCUCCCACUGCUAAUUGGCUGUUGUUCCAAUAGUACAAAAAUAGAUAAUGAGAAAUAAACAUAUAUAUAUCAAAUUUCAGUUAAAUUACUUUAUUUUGUGCAAAGUUAUGAAUUUUUGAAGUCUUGAAAAAAUGUAGCCCACAUUGUUUAUUAAUGACCGUAUCUAAAGUACUUGACAAUUGAGACUAUAGUCUAUUUAUUAAUGACCGUAUAAGGUACUUGACAAUUGAGACUAUUGUCUAUUUGUUAAAAACUUUAAUGGCUGUUGUGUUCUAAUCUACUUAAAAUCGGAACAAUCCGAUAGUCGCGAGAGUUGAGAAUGGGCUAGUCAUGUUAAUAAAUGUCGAAAUAAUAAUUUAUAUAACAUUUGAAGCCUGAAUAAAGACCUGCUGUAGGUAGAAUUAGCUCUUACAUAUUUGCAUCUACUGAUCAUUUCGGCUCAAUACUUUAAGUUAAAAUCUUUCAGACAAACUAUUGCUAUAUUUCUUCAUUUGCCUACUUUAAACCCACUUGUAACCCUCCUCCUUACCCGAAAAAAUGAUUUGCCCCACUCCUCCCCAGGGAUCCCCAAACCCCCUAAACCCAAGAGGAGGGAAAUCUACGAGCCCUCACCCCUUAUUUUGUCACUGGGGCCCGGCUGCCUCAUGGCCCGGCAACCUUAAGAUCCAUCACUGUGGAAAACCUCGGACCACCCACCCACCCCAAUAAAAAGUUCACUGCCCCGGAGGGCCAUAAAGUUGUAACAAUGGGUACCUUACGAAGGCUGGGACUCGUUUAAAUAAAAUAUUAUAUUUAUGUCCAUAUUAUAUUUAUUGUAAUGAAAAUUGAUAUAAAAUAAAAAAAACUUUAUUACAA